AUGGGGAAAUCGGGCGCUGAUGAGAAGAUUCUCGGCUACAAUGAUGUGGUGCUUAGACGAUCUGAUCUAGACAUUCUCAGUGGUCCAUAUUAUUUGAACGAUCGGAUUAUCGAGUUUUAUCUAAGUUACCUUUCGUCAUCGCAUCCCCCUCAGGAUAUCUUGUUGGUUCCACCAUCCAUUGCGUUUUGGAUACUACAAUGUCCUUUUGCUGAGGCUUUGAAAGAUUUCUUAGAGCCCCUUCAUUUGUCUGAAAAGGAACUCGUUUUAUUUCCCGUCAAUAACAAUGAAGAUGUUAACACAGCGGAAGGUGGAUCUCAUUGGAGCUUACUUGCAUACUACCGCAACGUGAAUCUAUUUGUUCACCAUGAUAGCUGCAGAAGCUUAAACUCAGAACCUGCUAAGAAACUCUAUAAAGCUGUUGUUGGAUAUGUGGGGUUAUCUGAAUCGGGAUCUGAGGUCCGCUUUCUUGAAUGCACUGAUUCGCCUAGGCAAGUGAAUGGUUAUGACUGUGGCUUAUAUGUCACAGCCAUAGCAAGAGCGAUAUGCGAUUGGCGUGUAAAUAGUAUAAAGACUGAUGCAAAUGAUUUGUGGUUCUCUGUCGUCAAGGAACAGGUUACUCCAUCUGCUGUUGACUGCAUGCGAGCGGAGAUUCUAGUCUUGAUCAGAGAUCUAAUGGCAAAGCAUUCAGGCCAGCAUGCUCAAGAAUAG